GGCAAGCACGAAGGAGAGAGGGAAGUGUGUUGACGCGAGCGCACGGCAGGGGACAAGUUGCGUGGAACCCGGUACGUGCGUGAGCUGGCCAGGGCGUUGCCACCGCGACGCGUGCGGCGUAUGACAGCGGUGGCGGGCAGUGCAGUACUGUGUCAUUGUGUUUAUGCGUGUGCCUUAGCGAGGACGGUGGCCUUGCCGGUAGCAGAGAACCUGUGUGAUCAAACAGUGUUUUAACUAUUGUAUAUUUUCUCAUGUGCUGUUAUCUGUUGGUAGUCCAAAUCGUGGUGCAUCGUUUUGAGUGAAUUUGGAUUCUGUGACACAAACACAGUGCUAGUGUGAGAUUCGCAUCAAUAUUUUUUGCUAUUUCGACUGACAGCGACAAGAGUCAACAAUCAGCUGAUUUUGAAGCACAUGCUGAGAAGGCUGCUCGCUUGUUUACUUGAUGUCGUAGAUUUCCCGUACCUUCCGCAUGUUCGUGUGCAUUAACACUUCUGUUAUACGGAAAGGACUUGUGUGCAUUGCCGUACAAGAAUACUGGAGCAACUGUGAUAGUGCGAAAGAAGUAUAUUUUUGUUCGUGCUGCAGUACCAAAUAAUAUUUGCGGUACAAGGUGGUAAACAAGAGCAUGGAUAGGUGAUAAUUAGAGUCGGUAUUUUUUUUGUUUCUUUUGCAGACGCCCGGUUUUGUUAUUAUUUAGUUUUGUUCAUGCAGUUCGGACACACUUGAGACGUCGGAAUGCAGUUGCGACAACGUUCUGAAACGGUCUUUCAGCUGUAGGCAGCAGAUUUAUGGGAUACAAGGACCACACCACAUAGCAGGGAGCGACCAAUGUACGCGCCUGACAUAACCCAGUUUGUCAUGAACGAAUAUCCUAGCUGACAGACCGGGCUUGAUUCCCUUUUUUUCUGUGCGCUUUGUUUAUGAAGUGCCUUACACAGAAGCAAACGCACAGAUUCUGCUUGUUGGCAACGUAUCAUUUCAGUGACUUUAUCUUCUUACAUUCUUUGAAGCUAUCAUUUGUAUUCCCAUAAAUUAUGACAAUUUGUACGAAUCAUAGCAAUAAUCGGCACCUGAAAGACUUCGCGAUACCUCCUCCCAAGUGACCUUCGCUUGACGACAAUAAUACUUUCAUUGUUUGACUCAAAUGAAAAUUCAAAUUCCUAUCUCGGUAUAAUAGCCGAAUGCUCAUGUAUGUUGACAAUACAAGGUCGCUGACUUUAGAGUGAGUAACUCUGGUGUGAACAGAAGGAACGAACGAUUUGAGACAUUGUUGCAAAUUACAAGAAAUCAUCCCAGUUUUCCGUCUGUGGACGACAGAUUCGCAAAAAUUAUACGACCAGCCUCAAAGGUGCACUACAAAUAUUUGGAUAAAUGUUGAACAGUAUCGAGGAGAUUAUAGCAGCGAAUAGUUUGCUUGGAUACCUACGUAACGGUGUUCUUCCGUUUGACGAGCUGCAACAGCAAUCGAGGUUCAUGGUUUUCAUGGAUGAGAGCGAGUCCCAGGCGAAGAGGUGGCUGCCUAGUGCGCCCCGACCUCCGUCCAGCCCGAUGCACCCCACUUCCAGAGAGGCGGCGGGCCCGCCGGUGCAGAUGGAGCCCGUGGACCUGAGCGUGAAGGCGCCGCAGUCGCCGCCCGUGGUGCUGCACGUGCCGCGCUACUCGCCGCAGCUGCCCACCUCGGGGGCCGGCGCCGCCGCUGCCGACCUCAAGCUGCCUCGCACAGAGUGA